AUGGAUGACAGUGGACAUCGCGAAAAUGGAAGGUAUAAACCACCUUUGAGUCAGUGGUUCAUGCAGCAUCAGCCAUCAAUGAAACAGAUAAUGGCCAUUAUGGCUGAAAGAGAUGCUGCAGUCCAAGAAAGAAAUUUAGCUCUCUCUGAAAAAAAGGUUGCCUUGGCAGAGCGAGAUAUGGCUAUCCUACAACGAGAUCAAGCAAUAGCAGAACGGAAUAAUGCCAUAAUAAAACGCGACAACGCUAUUGCUACCCUUCAGUAUCGGGAAAAUGCCACGAACAACAGUAAUAUGUCGCAAUGUCCACCAGGAUGCCAAGUUGCUCAUGGGGUGAAACACAUACACCAUCCUCAGCAGCAUAUACAUCAUCAGUCCAACAUAGGGGAAGCUCCAUUCACGUCGGGGGAAACUCAUCUGCCUGACACCAUUCCAUUGCCCCCAGUUGCUCCCGAGCCUGAAAAAUCCCAUCGUACAAAACGUAGAAAGGAGGCAAAGGCUACUACCUCUAUAAAGAAGACUUCAACAUCCUUGAAGAAGGUUAAACAAGGUGGUGAGGACCUGAAUAAAACAAUGUUCGGAAAAUCACAGGACUGGAAAAACGAGCAGGAUAUUGAUGGUGAUGCUGAUGACCUUAACAGGCAAAUGGUUGUAUCGAAACCAAAUUGGAAAGAUCAGGACCUGGGGCUGAACCAGGUUGCAUUUGACGAGUCGACCAUGCCGGUUCCCGUCUGCUCGUGCACUGGGGUUCUAAGGCCUUGUUAUAAAUGGGGAAAUGGAGGUUGGCAAUCUUCCUGUUGUACAACCUCUUUGUCAAUAUAUCCACUGCCAGCAGUGCCUAACAAGCGCCAUAGUAGAGUUGGUGGUCGGAAAAUGAGUGGAGGUGCAUUUAACAAGCUGCUCAGUCGACUUGCUGGGGAAGGUCAUGAUCUGUCGAGUCCAGUUGAUCUUAGAAAUCACUGGGCAAAGCAUGGCACUAAUCGCUACAUCACCAUCAAAUAA